ACUUCAGUGUGUCAAACAUGGCGCUGUUCAGCUCCAGCCUGUGUAGCAAUUUGUCUUUGACCCGACUGUGUGGUCUCAGGACAAACACGAUAACAAAUGGCAUUUACUUUCCGUAUGUGUCAAGUCAGUCCAGGUUUCCCCUGUGCAGACACUACUCAUCAUCCAAAGUGAGACGCGGUAUUGGUCAAUAUGUCGUCUCCAAGGUCCAGAGUGUAAAUGCCAAAUAUGAAGAGUUCCUUAAAAGGCGAUUUCCCCGCUUCUAUCAGCUCUAUCACACUUUUAUGGAAGGAUUCAAGCUGCUGCUCCAAGAUGCCAAAGAUGUGCAGAGGAUAAAAACAAAGAUGUUUUCUGAUGGAGUGCAGUUGAAGGAUUUGCCUUACAGGGAGCUGGAGAAGCUCAGACAGUUUCGCAGAGACAUAAUGAAGGCCAUUCCGCUGGUGGCGAUAUCGAUCCCUCCCUUUGCCAACUACCUGGUUUUUGUCUUGAUGUACUUUUUCCCCCGGCAGCUCCUGGUCCCUUAUUUCUGGACUCCGAAGCAGCAAGUAGAGUUUCGGGCAUUGUACCAUUCCAACAGGGUUCGGCAGCACAGGCCAGUGCUCAAAGGGCUCGAGAACACGAGCCAGCAGGUCAAAGACGGCCAGCUACAGAGUGGCCUGAAGGAUCUGUGUGCUAAAGUGCAAAGAGGAGCAAAUCCUAAAGUGUCUGAAAUCCUCGCAGUCCGGACCCUGUUUUCUGGACCGCCUCUGGGUAUAAACAGGAUGAGUGUGGAUCAGAUGAGACACGUCAGCCCCCUGCUCUUCCUGACUCCUCGCCUCCCGGGUUUCCUGAUGGGCCGGCGGCUGAACAGCCACACCAUGGAGCUGCUCCUGCUGGACCGGGCCCUCAGCAGGAUGGGCCCGCACCAGUUGAGCGACUCCGAACUCAGACAGGCUUGUUAUGUUCGGGGUCUCCAUUCUAAUAGUCUUGGCAUUAAUCAAUGCCGCGAGUGGUUAUCCCAAUGGCUUCAGUUGUCCUCCUCACUGAAAGACUCCGAGGUGUCACUCCUCUUGCACUGCAUUGUAUUUCUCUCUGCCAACUACCCGAACGGGGCCAGCCGACACUGACAGGAAGCCAGCAACAAUCUGCUUUUGUGAUUAGGUUCUCUUUUGUGCACAGCUUCCUAAGAGUUGUCAACAUCUCUCUUUUGCCCUGGAAGAAACAUUCUUUUCUUGUUUUUGGCAAAAAGAUUUGAGGUUGAAUAAAAAUAUAUAUGUAAGCCCAAAACUUAAGGAACCUGGAAAUUCUAGAAGGCUUUGCCAAAUAUAUUCCCAGUAAACAGGAUUUAUUUGGGAGAACUAUGAUUAAUCUAUUGUCUUCAUCAGGUGAGUGGUAUGGGAUUCUACUAAAUGAGCACAAGACUCAAAAAUGUAAAAAUAAAUCUUGCUUAGUGGUUCUUGUGUAAUUCAGACCCUCAAAAGGGACUUCAAAUUGAUUUUGAUGCACUGAACCAUAUUAAGUGGCGUUAAGGUGGGACCUGUCACUGUAUCUCAAGCUUGUUAAGCUAAGGCUCGUCGUUUGUUUACUGCUAAGCUAACACGUUACACACCUACAGAGACAAAGAGGAUAUUGUUCAGUACAAUUUCAGCAGCAAUUUAUGUGCUGUUAAUAUUUGACUUGUGGAUCUGUAGAGUUGUUCAGUCUCAUUCCUCAUUAUACAGGGAAAAGAAAUCGCUUUUAUGUGAGCAUGUUAAAUGUCUUCAAUAUACACAUGUAGCUUCUCAUGCAUUUACCUCACUGUGCUCCACUGUUAUUUCUUUACAAGUAGUAAUGCUGGUCAGAGGGGAAUUUAAAAACUUGCAAUAGUUUUGAGGGAAGGAAAUUAUGUUGUCAAACACGGAACAAAUGGUCGACAUGAAAAAUCAGUAGAUUACACAAAGGCACCUUCUAAAAAGAAAAAUUGUUGACGGAUCCUUUAUUGAGAUUGAAAGAAAAGCCCAAUUAUUAUGUUUGCAAUUGCAAAAACAUUUAGGCUUGUCUGUGUUUAGAAGCUGAACAACUUCUUGUAAUUCUUGUAAGCUUUUCCUGGUUAAAUAAAAGAAAAAAGAAAAAGAAGAAAAAAUUCAAAUUACUUUUUGUUGUGCAGCACAGCAGUCACAAGCUGUCUGGAAAAAAAGUAGUGAUGGCACUUUCAUUUAAUUCAAUUUAUUUAUACACUUCAGCACAGAAUUUCAAGUGUUUGGUGUUAAGUGUAAAAUAGGAAAUAUAAUUUCCUUCCUGUGCCUUUUCGCAAGGUCUGGCACAAUACAUCUGAAA